AGCAGCUCCCAGCUUCUCUCAGCCUAUCCCUGAGGAUUAGUAUCUGUUUUGUGCUGACUACCCUUGGGAUCACAGUCAGGGGUGAAUGAUUUCUUGACACAGCUGUCACUUCGCCAUCAGAAUGGCCUUAAAACUUGUGUUAAAGUGACAUUUUAAAGCUUCUUUCUUUCAACUAUUUGAUCUCACCCUUUCAAUAAUGCAGAUAUCUCCAGUUUGGCUCACUAGAUUUGUUGAAUGUUGAUUCUGAAAUCCCAGCCUGGCAAUGAAUUCCGUGCUGCCCGCUGUAGUGAUACUCCUUUUGGCCCAGGUGGUACAGACUCUUCCCAGCCUUUACCACAGGGGCUGGCUACGGCUGCUGCAAGAAGGAGACGGCUGUGGAGUGUGCCAGCAAGAUCUAUGCCCCGAGCCCCAUGGGUGUGCUGCAGGCACAGUACUGGAUGUAUGUGACUGCUGCCUGGAGUGUGGAAACGCCGAGGGGCAAAUCUGCGACCUCGAUAACACCAACCACUUCUAUGGGCGGUGUGGACAGGACCUGGAUUGUCUUCUUGAUAUUAGCGGUGCCUCAUUUGGAGAGAUCCUGGAACCCCAGUGCACCUGCCGAUCCCAGGAAAGCGUUUGUGGAUCUGACGGAAAGACCUACAGCAACAUCUGCAGCUUCAAGGAAGUGUCUUAUAGGAACAGAGAAAGCACUCUCAGCCUGGCACACAUGGGACCCUGUGAGACAGUUCCAUGGAUCACCACCCCUCCUCGUGAUGUGCACAAUAUUACAGGCAAUGAUAUUAUCUUUGGCUGUGAGGUGUUGGCAUAUCCCAUGGCGCUGGUGGAAUGGAGAAAGAAAGGAAAUGAGAACUUCCUUCCUGGAGAUGAUGCACAUAUCUCUAUCCAGGCAAGAGGUGGGCCAGCACGAUACGGUAUCACAGGAUGGUUGCAGAUUCAGGGGCUGAAGAAGUCUGAUGAGGGGAUCUAUACCUGUUACACAAGGAACAAGUAUGGAGAAGCAUUCGCAUCAGCACAUUUAAGUGUGUAUGAUCCUGAUUCACCAAUAGCUAUGAAAAUGAGUUUGAAAAGACAAGACAGAAAUUAUAUUGGAGGUGAAGAGGAAGAUGAAAAUGAUGACUAUAACAUCUCGGGUGACGACGAGUACUAAAAAACAUGAAUUUUGAAAACACACCUUGCAGAGUGGAGCAUAAUUAUCUAAUGAUUAAACGUUUGAUAACAAUA